AUGUUGUCCACCACCAGCAUGGGCAUGAUAUCCAGAUUCGCCGCCUUCACCACCCUAAUUACCGUGGCAAAAGCCUGGCUUCCAGAAGAGAACAAAUCAAUCACCUCAAAAGAUGGCACAAAUCUCUUCAAGUCCUCUAACGGCAAAAUCCGUGGUGUAAACCUUGGCUCCCAAUUCAUCUUCGAACCCUGGAUUGCCCACAAUGCCUGGAACGAAAUGGGCUGUGACGGACAGAAAUCGGAAUUCGACUGCGUUUCCUCACUCGGCCAAGACGCCGCGAAUACUGCUUUCGCCAAACACUGGAAGUCAUGGACUACCCAAGAUGAUAUUGACGAAAUCGUGAACUACGACUUGAACACUAUCCGUGUGCCGGUUGGUUACUGGCUGAACGAGGACCUGGUUGACACGAGCAGCGAACGUUUCCCGCAGGGUGGACUUGAUCAGGUGAAGAAACUGUGUGGGUGGGCUAGUGACAAGGGGCUGUAUAUUAUUAUGGAUUUGCAUGGCGCGCCCGGUGCUCAGACAGCGAAUAAUUCAUUCACUGGGCAGUAUGUUUCUGAGACUGGGUUCUAUACGGAUUACAACUAUGAGCGGGCGCUUAAAUGGCUCGAGUGGAUGGUUGAUCUUGUCCAUCAGACCGAUGAGAUGAGGAAUGUGGGGAUGUUGGAGAUUGUUAAUGAGCCCGUUCGGAAUAAGGGGAAGGCUUUAUCCAUGCGGUCGAAGUAUUACCCACAGGCCGUUGAGCGUAUACGCGCCGCUGAGAAGAAACUUUCAAUCCACCCGAACGACUACCUCCAUAUUCAGACAAUGGAUAAGUCCUGGGGUUCGGGUGAUCCAAACGAGUAUCUCGACGACUUGACAUACAUGGCCUAUGAUGAUCACCGCUACUUGAAAUGGGAUACAAGCGUUGACCCCACGCAUGAUAACUACAUUAGCACAUCCUGCGGCGAUAAGCGUGAUAGUAACUUCCCUAAUAUCAUUGGCGAAUGGAGUCUUGCUGUCUCGGAUACUGUCGCGAGAUCCUCCAAUUGGGAUCCCAGUUCGAAUACCGACUUUUAUGGAAAGUGGUUUGCGGCGCAGGUUCAUGCUUAUGAGCAGCAGCAAGGAUGGGUCUUUUGGACUUGGAAGGCACAGCUGAAUGAUUACCGAUGGUCCUACCAGGAUGCUGUCAAGGCUGGUGUUAUUCCCAAGGAUUUGAACAACUUGAAGAGUGUUUGCUGA